AUGAUAGAUAAUAAUUCGGAUCCAUGGGUGUUUGAACAAUUAUCAAAAGAACUUGCGAAGAAAAUUGAUGAUUUACAAAGAAAAGUGCAAUGGACUGAUUUAAUGCACAUGUUGUUGGAAGAAUUACAUAAGGAAGGUAUAUCAAGACAGCAAAUAGAAGAUGCAUUGGCAAAGAUUCCAUUUAGUCCCGCUAUGAUUGAAUCGUUGAAAGCUAUUAAACGCAGCAAAGGAGAAAUCAUAAUCCUUUCAGAUGCCAACACGGAAUACAUUGAUAUAAUAUUGAAAGCAUAUGGUGUAAGAGAUUUAAUAUCACUUAUUAUAAGUAAUCCUGCAAGUUGGGAUGAAAAUGGUAGAUUACAUGUAAAAAGGUUAAUCCCCCUUGAAGAUCCUCAUGGAUGUGAGAAUGAAUGUGCAGUGAAUCUUUGCAAAGGUCGUGAAUUGGUUAAUUAUCUUUCCUUACAUCCUAAAAAAUUUGAUCAAAUUUUUUAUGUUGGUGAUUCGUAUAAUGAUUUUUGUCCCGCUACUAAGAUAAAUGAUGUGCUUUUGAUAAGAAAAGGAUUUUAUUUGGAAAAGUUUUUAACUUCUUCAACAUUUAAAAGAGAAUUAAAUCCAAAAAUUGUAUAUUGGCAAGAUGGCAAUGAUUUUUUAAAAAAUAUACAAUUAGAAUUUAAAUUAGAAUUUAAAUUCGAAUAA